CAUACAAAACAUUAGUGUUUAUUUCUUAACAAUGGCUUUCAACAAACUUAGUUCACUCACUAUAUUGCUUUCUCUUCUUUCUUGUUCCAUAUUUUCAGAUGCUUGUGAAUCAUGCAAUCCAAAACCUAAGCCUAGUCCUCCACCUUGUCCUCCACCACCUUCAACAACACCUAAGGCCAGUCCUCCUCCUACCCCAUCAACAACACCUACCACUGGUACUCCACCUCCUUCAACAACAACGCCUACGGCUAGUCCUCCUACUCCUUCAACAUCACAAAAAUGUCCUAACGACACAUUAAAGCUAGGUGUUUGUGCUAAUCUUCUUGGACUUGUUAAUGUUGUUGUCGGAAGUCCUGCUUCAAGCAAGUGUUGUGCAUUGAUUCAAGGUUUGGCUGAUUUGGAUGCAGCCAUUUGUCUUUGUACUGCUAUUAAGGCUAACGUUCUUGGUAUCAACUUGAAUGUUCCUGUCACACUCAGUCUUCUACUCAGUGCUUGUCAAAAAUCAGUUCCCUCUGGUUUCCAAUGCUCAUCAUAGACUUUCACGUUAUAAGUUCUAUUUUCACUGUUGUUUUAUUUUUAUUAUUGUUUAUGUUAAUAAUUGGAACCACUGUGAGUUUAACGAAAUCACGGUAACAUCGUGAUUCUGCUAAAUUAUCAUCAAAUCAAAUGUAACUGUAUUAGUUCUUGUGUGAGAUGUAUGUUUUUUCAAUAAUCGGGUAAGGAUGUUUUCCUUAUUCACCGAAU